GCGGCCGGCGGGAGGUGGAGUCACCCCGCGACCUGGACGGGAGCCUGGUGGGGUCAGCCCCCGACCCGCGGCCUGGCGCAUGGCUGUGUGGGGCCUGGGAGGCCGCCUGGGCCUGCGCGGGUGUCUCGGGGCCAGCGGACUACGUCCCCGUUUCCAGAGCCGCGGCCCCCAGGGCGUGGAUGACGGGGACAGGCCACAGCCUUCCUCGAAGACACCCAACCUCCCCAAGAUUUACACCAAAACAGGAGACAAAGGGUUUUCAAGCACCUUCACUGGAGAAAGGAGACCCAAAGAUGACCAAGUGUUUGAAGCCGUGGGAACUACAGAUGAAUUAAGUUCCGCCAUUGGGUUUGCUAUAGAAUUAAUUGCGGAAAAAGGGCACCCAUUUGCUGAAGAGCUUCAGAAAGUCCAGUGCUCGCUGCAGGACAUUGGCUCUGCCCUGGCGACACCGCACUCCUCGGCCCGGGAGGCUCACUUAAAACACGCUGCAUUCGGGGCGGGGCCCGUCCUGGAGCUGGAGCAGUGGAUCGACAAGUACUCCAGCCAGCUCCCCCCUCUCACGGCUUUCAUUCUGCCUUCGGGAGGCAAGAGCAGCUCGGCGCUGCAUCUCUGUCGGGCCGUGUGCCGCCGAGCGGAGAGACGCGUGGUGCCUCUUGUCCAGAUGGGCGAGACGGAUGCAAACGUGGCCAAGUUCUUAAACAGACUCAGCGACUAUCUCUUCACGGUAGCCAGAUACGCAGCCAUGAAGGAGGGGAAUCAAGAAAAAAUAUACAAGAAAAACGACCCGGUGGACCAAGCCUGAGGCACUUGGCAAUAAUGGAAAGGGGGGUUUGUAGACCCCUCCGUGGUGACCACGGUGAAGAGAAGAGGCUGCCCUUUGGUGCUCUGGUC